GCGGCAGGGAAUUUGGAUAAAAGGCUGUGUCCUCCAACACCUCGAGAUAAAAAACCCCGCGGCCAGGUGCCCCUGUGGCCUCUCUCUAAUUUAUUCGAAUAAAGUUGCAGGAGUCGUCUGUCUCCUUUCUGGACACUGGUUUUUCAUAGCGUGAUUUUUCCGUACGAGCCGGCGCCGGGAUUCCCCUCACGGGCCGGGGCUCCCCUCACGGGCCGCGGCCCCGGCCGGGGAUCGGGCUCGGCUGCCGCCGCCAGCGGAGCCUCUUCCGGCCGCUCCCGCCUCCGUCUCUGUGGUUGUUCCUCCCGCUCCUCCCCGAGGGGCGGCGGCGAUGGAGCCGGGGAGAGCCGGCGGGAGCCCCGAGCCCCCCGUGCAGGUGUCUAUCAUUGUGCCUGUUCACAACAGUGAAUGCUGGUUAGAUGAAUGCUUACAGUCAGUUUGGGAACAAGAUUUUAAAGGAACCAUGGAGCUGUCAAUUUUUAAUGAUGCCAGUAAGGAUGGUUCAGCUGAAAUAAUUGAAAAAUGGAAGAACAAGUUGGAAGAAGUUGGUGUUUCAGUAAUCGUUGGGAACAACAAUUCCUCUCAGCCUCGAGGUGUUGGAUUUGCUAAAAAUCAAGCAGUAAUUCAGAGCUCAGGAACCUAUCUCUGCUUUCUGGAUUCAGAUGAUGUGAUGAUGCCACAGCGGGUUAGGCUGCAGCACGAAGUUGCCAUUCAACACCCAAACAGUAUUAUUGGUUGCCAAGUCAGAAGAGAGCCAGUGGACUCUACUGAACGAUACACCCGGUGGAUCAAUAACCUAACCCAGGAACAACUUCUUACACAGGUGUUCACCUCCCAUGGGCCUACUGUGAUCAUGCCAACCUGGUUCUGUUCCCGGGAAUGGUUUUUCCAUGUGGGAAGAUUUGAUGAGGGUGGAAAGGGUGUCCCAGAGGAUUUGUUGUUUUUCUAUGAACAUCUCCAGAAGGGUGGUGGAGUCCUCCGAGUGAACCAAUGCCUCCUGCUGUACCGGUACCAUCCCCAGGCUGCCACUCACUCUGUCCUGGAGGGAACCAUCUGGAAUCACCGAGUCAGGUUUCUUGAGGACAGAGUCCUGAGCUCCUGGACAUCAUUCACCAUCUGGAAUGCUGGCAAGCAAGGCAAGAAGCUCUACAGAAGCUUAUCACCAGCUAAUCAGAAAAAGGUGACUGCAUUCUGUGAUGUUGAUGAAAAGAAAAUAAGAAAAGGAUUCUACACUUAUGAGGAAUCUGAGGAGAGACCAAAACCAAAAAUUCCUGUGUGUCACUUCAGGGAGGCGACUCCGCCCUUCGUGAUCUGCGUGAAGCUGGACCUGACAGGUGGAGCCUUUGAAACAAACCUGGGCACGCUGAACCUGAAGGAAGGGGUGGAUUAUUACCACUUUAACUAGACCAAGGAAGGGCAGAGGAGCAGCGGCUGCACAUCUGUGUCUGGAAUGCGGCGCUGCCAGCCUGGAAUGCUCUCUGGAAUGAGGCUGGAAGGGCCUGAGGCUGCAGCUCCAGCCACCCCACGUGCUCUGCAGCUGGCUGGGAGC